AUUAUUCAGGUCUCCAGCGAGAAUUCGUUCACUUUUAAAAGGGUUCCACGAUGGACGGGGAUAAGGAGGUGGUCCUCGUCACGGGAGCCAGUGGUUUUCUAGGCCAGCACUUGGUGAAACAUUUAAUGAUAGAUGACAAAGUCUCAACGAUUCGGAUGCUGGAUAAGGUGCCUUUCCACAAUCAUCUAGGUUAUAUCGAGUCGAAGAAAAUCCAGAUUUUCCAGAGAAAUCUGCUCGACCCUGAGUCUUGUCGAGAGGCUGUAAAAAAUGCACAUGCAGUCUUUCAUUGCGCUGCUUUAGUAUGUUACGAAUUUCCGCCAAAAACGGAGGAACUGUAUAAGAAUAACUUGACAGCUACCGAAAACCUGAUUAAAUUGUGCUUGGAAGAGGACGUAGAGAGGCUGAUUUAUUGCAGCACGACCGAAGUCACUUUGCAACCGUACUUCAAAGGUGGCAUAGUCGCUUUUGUCAUAUACGGCCAAGAGUCAAGACUAAACACGACGGAUGAAGGGCAAUUAAUUUUUGGAGAAUACGCUGCUUCGAAACUUAAAGCUGAAGAACUAGUGCUGAGUUUCAACGGAACGAAUUUAAAGAGUGGUCAAGGUACUCUACGUACAGUAUCAUUACGGCCACCUCUACUAUACGGUGAAAGGGACAACGGAUGCAUCGCGAAAAUGUUGGACUACGCAAGAAAUCGCAAGAAUUAUUUGCCAAAACUGGCCGGCGUGGGAGGAAAACAACAGACCGCUUAUGUGGGUAACAUAGCUUGGGCGUUGAUAUGUGCAAAAAACACGCUGAAAAAGCAACCGCAAGCGAUCGCAGGACUCUCUGUCAUCGUGACAGAUGACACACCGGUGGAAGAUUUAACUAGAUUCUGCGAAAGGAUUACAAGAGACACCAAGUAUCGUGUAAUCCUCUCUCGGGCUAUACCUAUUGGUGUAUCUUAUUUAGUCGCCUAUUUCGUGGAAUUACUAGUCAAGUACAUCCGACCUUCCAAACUCCCUGUGUCACCGAGGAGCAUGAUAGCAUACCUUGGAUCUCUCAUAAUUUACAACAGAACUCGGGCCUCGAUAAGUAUGGAUUACUCGCCGAUUUACACGCCAGAGAAAGCCCUAGCCAUUGCGACAGAAUAUUACUGUAACCAGGUUCCAGAUUGUUGACAAAUAAGUUAUCAAUUAUAAGAACGCUCUGAUCAAAAUUAAGCAGCGAGUUCUGGAUAUUUCUUUCCCCUAUGUAGGAUACGCUUCUUCAGUCUGCUGUCAAAUUAAAUUAAAUGCUUUCAUAAGUCUGGAGCAUUUUUUUUCCUCUUUUGACGAAUCGCGAGAUCACCAGGUUGUUGAGAUAUUACAAAAGACUGAGCCUUACGUAACUUGUGAACAGAUUUAUUUUUGUUAUACGUAUACGCGUACACGUGUACGAGUUAUUGCUUCGAAACAGGGGCGACGCAAUUCUACGUGUACACAGAUAAAUGUAUACAUCCAUGCAGAAGUACGAAUCCAGUAUAUUCUUCUUCUCAUAACGAGAAACAGCGUAUUUUGAAACAGGCACGCAAAUUGGUAAGUUCUGGCUCGCAGAAAGCAAAGCCGUAUUCAAUUUUCAAAGCGACAUCAAAGCACUGUUUUAUCCACUAAUUUAGAGAAAUUCUUCACUCCGAUUAACACAGCUCACAGAACAUGAAUUUAUAAUAACGAGUGAAUAAAACAGUACCCGCACCCAGCUUUGAGAAGAAUCUUUGAGAAAAAUCGAGGAAGUCCCAAAGAUAAUAUUGUCAUUUUCCUCCCUUGGCUCUGAACCAAUGGUUUGCAUCCUCUAUUGCAAAGGGAGCUUUUAUUAACUCUUAAUCCAAAUACAGCUUUGUAUCGGCUCGCGAGAAGACCCUUAUUCUUCCCUUAAGGGCA